AUGACGUCGCGACUCGGAGGCGGCUUGCUCCUCGUAGCAGUCAUGUGCGUGGCGGCGGCGUGCGCUCCGACGAGCUGCGCGCAGCCUCCUCCGCCGACGAAGGCGAAGCUGCGCGCGGAGCUGCAGAGCAUGGCGAAGAGCAUCGUGAAGCGUUACCCGCAGUACUCGCGAUACGCGCAGGACGCCACCAAAUACAUCAACUUCGCACUGAACUCCAAGUACGACCUGUCGGCGCUGCGAGACGCGUCCAUCCUCAUCCCCAACAACGUGCAGGCAGAAGCCCUCGCUAAGAGAAUCCCCGCUAAGAGCAGCAGCAUCCCCACACUGUACAACAUCACAGCGUUCCACAUCCUGCGCCGCCGAAUGACCCUCCCGCAGAUGAGGCAGGUGAAGCUGCGGACAGCGAUAGGCACUCAGCUGAGGCAGCCGCUCUUCAAGAUGACGCCGAUGGGAAACAACAGCGCUGUGUCGUUUGCUAGGGGGCCGUACUUGAAGGCAGACCAGUGGACCACCAUUCGCAUCCCGGGGCUGUAUGUGGGGCGAUGGUUCAUUGCCCAUGGGGUGGAUCGGGUGAUCAUUCCCACUUACACCAAAGAGGAGGAGGAGGAGGAGGAGGAGGAGGAGGAGGAGGAGGAGGAGGAGGAGGAGGAGGAGGAGGAGGAGGAGGAGGAGGAGGAGGAGGAGGAGGAGGAGGAGGGGAAGGAGGAGAGGAAGGAGUGGUGGUGGAGCUGGUUGCGAUCGUGUUGA